AUGGUCACCCAUGCCCAGGCCUUUGCUGCGGGAGGAUGGGCGGCCGAACUUCGGCUACCCCACCUCCGUCAGCCCAAUGCGCAGAGAAGGCGUGUCAGUCUCACCGAUCAUUCGUACACCGUGUCAUUCCCCGUGCAGAGCCACUGUAAUCCAGAGGCCAGCUCCACCCUCGCCUCGAGCCAUCGAGAAGUUGCUGGCUGUACCACUGGCGGAUCUCCGCAUGGCGGUGUCCAAGGAGCCGUCUUUAGCCAGCAGCGAGGCUCCCACGCCGCAGGCGUGGAGUCAGCGCAGCUUGGCGGCGUGUUCGGAGCAGCUUUCCUUGAAGCUCUCUGUGCGGAGCUUGCAGAACAUCAAGCCGUUGCGUUUUAUCCGUCAUCGCAGCCAUUUGUCGGAGCACCCAAACCUUGCCGCGUAGCCCUGGCCUGGAACAUUUCAAACGGCCUGGGAGGAUGUGAGCUUCAAAGCUUAGAUUGGGACAUGGAGCAGAAGACCCCUACCAUCCUGUCGGACUAUUGUGGGCAGGCAAUCAUGGACGUGCUAGAACCCGCUUUGAAGAGAGCCAGGCUGCAAGAGACAAGCGAGCAGCCGAACGAGAGAAGGAGGGCAGUGGCCUUUCCAGACAUCACUGGCCUUUGGGCGGUCAGCGAUCCGGAAGAUCGAUGCCACCUCUUUCGUUGGCGGCAAGCGCCUGAUGGCAGGACUUUCGAAGGCGUCCAGAUCGGCUUCGAGGCCACCAGCGACGGCUGCAUCGAUGCUUCCGGAGCGAUGCAGUGGCGCACAACUGGCCGGCAGUGGCAUGGCCAGCUGGACCCAACAGGAUGGUGCAUCCGCGAUGGCUUCUACGCCUGCCCCACAAGUGGAAAGCGUCUCGGCACCUUCGCGGCCAUCCGCCAAAGGGAGGUCCAGCCAGACGAUCCGCCACAGGAUGUGUCUGCGGACAGGUCGAGGAUGGAGUUUCAAGACUGGGCUGAUGGCCUGUUUUUCUCCCUGGACCGCGAUGGCAAGGAGCAGCUUUUGGAUGCAGAUGGGCUACAGGUCAUGAUGGAGUGGGAGAAACCAUACAUGGAGAAGUGUGCCGACGAGUUGGGAGUCAACUCGGACACGGACGUCCUGGAAGUGGGAUUCGGAUGCGGCUACAGCGCCAGCCGGAUUCAGGAGUACAAGCCCCGCUCCCACACAAUCAUCGAGUGCUCAGAGGUCGUCCUGGAGCGACUCAAGCAUUGGGCCGCCGACAAGCCGAAUGUCCACAUCGUGGAGGGCACCUGGCAGAAGCGACUUCCUGAACUGGGCCAGUUCGAUCGUAUCUUCUUCGACGACUACGGUCAGCCGGGCAUUUCGGACAAGGAGAUGUUUCAGAACUGCCCAAAUGAGCAGUACAAGGACAUCUACGAGGACUCGCAGAGUCAUUUUCAUGCGUUUCUGAACCUCGCCUUCCAGUUCCAUUCGCGAAACGGCACAAGAGUCUCUGGCUAUUUGGUGAGUCCCAUCGAUAUCCAGAGAAAUGAUGUCGACGUCAAGUAUGAGAAGUAUGCAGUGGCGCCUCCUGAGCACUGCGACUACUUCUUCAGUGACAAGGCCGUGGUUCCCGUGUUGACGAAGAUGGCGGCACCCAGCGACGGCGGCUCGACGCGCAGCCCAAGCCCUGCAGGAGCUUUUGACAUGGAGCCAUGCGAGCACUGA